CCUCCCUCUUCUUCCUCUCCUCCUCCCUUCUCUGCUUCUUCUUACUUCUUCUUAACCCGCCAUCCUCUCUUCGCCCCCUUGCGUCUCCCCUUCUUCUCUCUUCUUCUCGCCCUCUCCUCCCUUUCUUCUUCCUCUCUGCAAUUCCAGCCAGUCACUGCGACUGCGACUGCGUCUUGUUCGAUGAGCACGUAGGAUCGCCGACCAGCUCCCAGCUUACGACCAGCUAACGACCUACGACCUACGACCCCCACGAAGAAACUACACUUCAAAAAGAACUGAAAGAACACAAAAAGUCGUCGCAAUGGCCGACCACGCAGCCCAGGGGCAGGGCCAGCCUGUCCCGCCAAACCAUCUCGGCACUGCUGUUCCCAGCGGCCAGUUCGGCGGCGGGCACAAGGAUGAGGUCCAGCAGCACCAGCACCAGCAGCAGACCUCGGCCGCGUUCGACGAGAAGAAGGGCGCCAUGCCCGAGGAAGACGAGGAGGACGAGGACAUGGAUCAGCUCAUUGCCGACCUCGAGUCUCAGGACGGCCACAUCGACGAGAUCGACGAGGAGGACGAGGACCAGCCCGGUGGCGAGCGUCCCGUGCCGGACGAGCUGCUGCAGACCGACACCCGCACCGGUCUGACCGACGCCGAGGUCACCACCCGCCGCAAGAAGUACGGUCUCAACCAGAUGAAGGAGGAGAAGGAGAACCUCAUCCUCAAGUUCUUCUCCUACUUUGUCGGACCCAUCCAGUUCGUCAUGGAGGCCGCCGCUAUUCUGGCUGCCGGUUUGAGAGACUGGGUCGACUUUGGUGUCAUUUGCGCCCUUCUCUUGCUCAACGCCUGUGUUGGUUUCAUCCAGGAGUUCCAGGCCGGUUCCAUUGUCGAUGAAUUGAAAAAGACCCUCGCCCUCAAGGCUGUCGUUCUCCGUAACGGCCGUCUUGUUGAGGUCGAGGCUCCUGAAGUCGUUCCCGGUGACAUCCUCCAGGUCGAAGAAGGAACUAUCAUUCCUGCUGAUGGCCGUGUUGUGACCGAAGAUGCUUUCCUCCAGGUCGACCAGUCUGCCAUCACCGGAGAGUCUCUCGCUGUCGACAAGCACAAGGGAGACCACUGCUACGCUUCCUCCUCCAUCAAGCGUGGUGAGGCCUUCAUGGUCGUCACCUCUACCGGUGACAACACCUUCGUUGGUCGUGCCGCCGCCCUCGUCAACGCUGCCUCCGCCGGAAGCGGUCACUUCACUGAGGUCCUUAACGGAAUUGGAACUGUCCUACUCAUUCUCGUCAUCUUCACCCUGCUCGUUGCCUGGGUUGCCUCCUUCUACCGCUCCAACGGCAUCGUCACCAUCCUCGAGUUCACCCUGGCCAUCACCAUUAUCGGUGUCCCCGUCGGUCUGCCCGCUGUCGUCACCACCACCAUGGCUGUCGGCGCUGCUUACCUCGCCAAGAAGAAGGCUAUCGUCCAGAAGCUCUCUGCCAUCGAGUCCCUCGCUGGUGUCGAGAUUCUCUGCUCUGACAAGACCGGAACCCUGACCAAGAACAAGCUCUCUCUCGCUGAGCCCUACUGCGUCUCUGGUGUCGACCCCGAGGACCUCAUGCUCACUGCCUGUCUCGCUGCCUCCCGCAAGAAGAAGGGUAUCGAUGCCAUUGACAAGGCCUUCCUCAAGUCUCUUCGCUACUACCCUCGUGCCAAGUCCGUCCUCACCCAGUACAAGGUCCUCCAGUUCCACCCCUUCGACCCCGUCUCCAAGAAGGUCUCUGCCGUCGUCGAGAGCCCCCAGGGUGAGCGCAUCAUCUGUGUCAAGGGUGCUCCUCUCUUCGUUCUCAAGACCGUCGAGGAAGACCACCCCAUCCCAGAGGACAUUGACGCCGCCUACAAGAACAAGGUCGCCGAAUUCGCUACCCGUGGUUUCCGUUCUCUCGGUGUUGCUCGCAAGCGCGGUGAAGGUUCCUGGGAGAUCCUCGGAAUCAUGCCUUGCUCCGAUCCUCCACGCCACGACACCGCAAAGACCGUCAACGAAGCCAAGACCCUCGGUCUCUCCAUCAAGAUGUUGACUGGUGACGCCGUCGGUAUUGCUCGUGAAACUUCCCGCCAGCUCGGUCUCGGAACCAACAUCUACAACGCUGAACGUCUCGGUCUCGGUGGUGGCGGUACCAUGCCCGGAUCUGACAUCUACGAUUUCGUCGAGGCUGCCGAUGGUUUCGCCGAAGUCUUCCCUCAGCACAAGUACAACGUCGUCGAGAUCCUGCAGCAGCGUGGCUACCUCGUUGCCAUGACUGGUGACGGUGUCAACGACGCUCCCUCCCUCAAGAAGGCCGACACCGGUAUUGCCGUCGAGGGUGCUUCUGACGCCGCCCGAUCUGCCGCCGAUAUCGUCUUCCUUGCCCCCGGUCUCUCCGCCAUCAUUGACGCUCUCAAGACCUCCCGUCAGAUCUUCCACCGUAUGUACGCCUACGUCGUCUACCGUAUCGCCUUGUCUCUCCAUCUCGAGAUCUUCUUGGGUCUCUGGAUUGCCAUCCUCAACACCUCUCUCAACCUCCAGCUUGUCGUCUUCAUCGCUAUCUUCGCUGAUAUCGCUACCUUGGCCAUCGCCUACGACAACGCUCCCUUCUCCAAGACCCCCGUCAAGUGGAACCUGCCCAAGCUCUGGGGUAUGUCCGUCCUCCUCGGCGUCAUCCUCGCCAUUGGAACCUGGAUCACCCUCACCACUCUGCUCGUCGGCGGCAAGGACGGUGGUAUCGUCCAGAACUUCGGUCAGAUCGACCCUGUCCUCUUCCUCGAGAUCUCCCUCACCGAGAACUGGCUUAUCUUCAUCACCCGUGCCAACGGUCCUUUCUGGUCCUCCAUCCCAUCCUGGCAAUUGUCUGGUGCUAUUCUCGUAGUCGACAUCAUCGCCACCCUCUUCACCAUCUUCGGCUGGUUCGUUGGCGGUCAGACCUCCAUCGUCGCCGUCGUGCGUAUCUGGGUUUUCUCCUUCGGUGUCUUCUGUGUUCUCGGCGGUAUCUACUACCUCCUACAGGGCUCCACCGGCUUCGACAACAUGAUGCACGGCAAGAGCCCCAAGAAGAGCCAAAAGCAGCGAUCUCUCGAAGAUUUCGUUGUCUCCCUCCAACGUGUCUCUACCCAGCACGAGAAGAGCGCAUAAAUGAACAUAACCCCUAUUCCCCAAAACGCGCUAUCUUAAUUCGGAGGCUGUAUUCCCUCUUUUCUUGCCUUGUUUAAAGCUCAAACAACACCCCCUGCGCGCAUCUUUUUCUUGUUCUUUGUUACUACUACCAAUUUCACGCACACACCCCCUUACCCCCCAUUGCUUGUCCUUCAUAUAGACAGACACAGCUAGCCAGAUUUACCCCCUGGCAUGGCACGGCAAACGACCCUAGCUUGGUGAACCCAUAUACGCACUCUAGCAGGAUCCGGGCCCGGCCUAACAAACAAACAAACAGUUUAGAGCGGAAAUAAAGAAAAAAUUCAAAUAAUCUGGUCCUCCUUUGCCAAUACCAACCAAGCAAGUCUUUUUGAAGUGAUGUAGUUUGAUCCGUGCAUAAAAAGCAACAGGCAAGUUUCUACUGGAUACCAUACAUGCAUGCAUACCUUGUAUUAUGCCUGGGUUUGGGUUGCCUUUUAUGUUUCUUUUACUUUUUUUCUUUUACCUUUUUUCUUUCUGGCUGAUAAAUGGGCCUUGGAGUGUUUAAUUAUCCUAAUUUGUAGCUAUUAGAUAUGCCCUGCGUGGUUUAAUUCUUAGACUGUAUUCAUUUUUCUCUUAUUAUCUCUCUCUUGCGGCUGUUCUACGUGUGUGUGAUUAGGUAAUCGUACUAUUUGACCCCCGAACUUUACUUGGACGUCAAAGAAACAACUUCAGCUUCGGCUUCGACUUCUCGCCACGCAGAUAGACGAGCUGGAUGGGCCUAUCUAUCUUAGCUCGAGCGGUGUUGAAGUAGCUACCUGUCGUAUUAUAUACUUCGAUGCAAGGUGUUUCAUCGCGGGUUCUCGAUCUGUCGUAGAGAUAGAUGGUCGACCUGGUCGUUAUGAUGCUGCUAUGCCUGAACCGCCAGGAUAAUGUCGAAACCACCAUCAACCAUCGCCAUAUACCUCCUCUACUCCCCAGGAUAUCUCCAUGUUGAUAUGUACCAUGUACAUCGAGCUCUUACUAAUGUCUCUAAUCUUCAUUGGGCCAUGGAGCAUGCCCGGUGACCUGACCUGACCAGUAGCUAGGCUAAGCUUGGAAGAAGUGACGCAACAGCUCCGACUUCCCCUACUUCCCGUCUAUUUAUUUAUACCCUCGGUCAUGAGGCCAUUCAUACCUAUACACACGUAGCCAUCAUUACCUGUUAUCUGAGUGAUACGUUGAUAGUAGGUUGACGAUUGACCAUGUUAGCGCACCAUCCGGCGCCCCCGGCGCAUCACUUCACCCCCCAUCUAGCAGAGGUAGUCGAUGCCGCUACCUCGCAGAACAGACUCUUCCAGCGCCGCACAUCAGUAUACCAGAAAUACCAUCUUCUAGAAAACAUCAGGAAGAAGUCAUGGCUUGGGC